AUGGCCCCAGUGCUCCUGAAUAUACACGUAGCCACAGUCACAGUGUUUGUGCUGAGCUGCGCCAGUGCCGUCCCGCUGCAGGGCCAGAAGCCGGCUCAGGUGGACCCCUUGGCAGUCCCGCGGGCGAACCCGCAGUGCUGGGACUCCUCCUCGGCUCUGCUGCUGGAGAUGCGCUCCCCGAGGAUUGCUGACACGGUUCCCGCCUUCUGGGACUUGAUGGAGUUCCUCAGGGCAUCAGAGAACAGCAAACACACGGCGCUGUUCUGGGACCUGGCCCGGGUCUUUUGGGACCUUUACCUCGACUGUGUGCUGUCCAGGAGUCACGGCCUGGGGCGGAGACACGUGACCGCGGUGCAUUCCCUCAUCACUGACAGUAAGUGUCCCACACACACACAGAUGCGCGUGCACACACUGAGUGUACUCUGCAGAUAGAGGACAGUUUGUCUUCAAUAAAUCAUUCUUUAAUUAUCAAAAAUCACAAUUAGUCUAUUUUAAAGCAGCCCUUUAUUUAAGAAUUGUCGUAUUCUCAAAUGUUGUUUGUAGUCUUUCUCCAACACAGGGAUUGCUUUUUAUUGACACUGAGGGACUUCUUUUCGGAUCAUUUCUUUGCUUUGUCGUGGAUAGAAUAAAAGCAUGCUGAAUUAUUAGUAUUUUUCUUGUGUACAACAACUCCAGAGUGCCUGCCUUUUCCUCACAUCGGCAGCAGUUAUUAAAAAAAUACUUCUGUUCUCAUAGAGAGCUCAAAUCUGGUUGUCUUUCUACAUCUAUUAGGUGUACAUUUUUACACACAUAUAUCCUCUUAAACCCUCACAUGUUAAACUUUAACAGUGAUGAUCAAGAUUUACACCCUGAACCAUUUUAUGUGUGGCAGUGAAUAAAGGGCUGAACCUUUUAACAUGUACUCUACAUAUUAAAAGAUCAAUUUAAGUAUAUAAACAAGUGCAUACUAAAGUCAGCUCAGACCUUUUACUGGACUUAAAGGUAUAUUUUCCCCACAUGAAUAAAGACUACUCACAUCAGCACCCCCUUUUUUUGUUUGUUUUGUUUUCUGCAUUUUUAUAUGUGGAACAAGUUUGCUUUACACAGCAGCACAAAUGCAUUUACAAAGGUGCUGUAUAGGUAAAAUUUGAUAUAGUGUGUUGAAAAAUUUUUAUUUUCAUCCUCUUUAUUGUUUUAUGUAUUUAUGAAAAUGUAAUUGUCAAAUAUUGUACUUUUUUCUUAAACAAAUUUUCUUUUAACUGAUUUUGAGGAUUGAUCAAAACUGUAAUCUCCACAUAGUUUCUGGUGUCUUGUUAUUUGUGUUUAAGUCUAUCCAUCUGUGGGAACAUAUUUGGAAGCUACCCAGCAGAUUAAGACUAUAAAGUAAAAUUGUUUUUGCUGCAUAAACAUGAUGAGCAGCUUCAUUUUUCAACCAGAACAUUCUCAAAUCAGUCACAUAUUAUACAGCAUACUUUUACAUUUGAGGCUUAAAGUGUUGAGGCCAAUGUUUUUUUUUUACCCAAGUAAAUGUUUUAAUCCAUGACAUUUACAUGUAACAUAUAAUUUCUCCAGUGUGGUAUUGGUCCUUUUAUCUGAGUACAAGAUCUGCACCUCCUGUCUUAACAUAGAUUUAGCUUUUGUCUGCAUGAGUAAAGACAAAAAGGAUUCACUACUAUUGAUUACAGCGGAAAGUGCAUUUUCCUUUGACAUUGGGGGCAGUGACAUGUGGACAGAGGCUUUGGCCUGGAUUAGAUCUGUUUUCAAAAAGGUCCUUAAAGUGCGUAAUGCUGCUGUCAUACUGUAAGAUUAGAGGAGUAGUUGAUAAGAAAUAAUGAGCAUGGUUAGCUGUGGUGCAAUAAAAAGUCAUUUAGUCAAAGGUCUCUGUCAGAAGUUAGCUUUAUAGAAGAUGUAGCCAAUUGGAUGAACAUAGAAUGAACCAGUAUGUUUCUCUGUGUGUGUUUGUCUCUUUUAGAGUCCUUCAGAUUCAACAGGUCAGGAGCAAACUCGCAGGCGUGGCUUAGUGUUCGAGUGAGACGUAGAGGACACAUCGAGACCCUGAAGACCAAACCCAAAAUAAACACACACCAUCACAUAUAACAGGAUAUUUGUACACUGUAAAUCUUCACUGCUGAGAAACUUUCAUGUUUUACAUUCAUUUUUACUUGUUCUGAAAUUUCCUGUACAAUGACAUGUUUUUUGUUCGUUUGUAACAGUAAUAAAAUAGUUUAUCAUGGCUGUAGAUUGUGUACCUGUCUGUAUCCAAAUCAAGUCACAGUGUCCAUAGUUUAAAGUCACAUUGGUUGGUUAUAAAUACGAGUAUGCAAUAAAGAAGUUUGAGUUCAGUUUUAAGUCCCAGUCAGAAUACUUGAAUCAAGUUUCACAGGAAAAAAGAAAUCUCAAAGACAUGGAUGGUCUCUUGGAUGCCACUGUGUUUGUAUGAGUAUUAGAAACUAAUUUUAGUUCCAUUUUGCUUUCAUUAAGAUGGCAUUAUCGAACUAAGCGCUCUGAUAAAACAAAUUCAUAAAAUCUCCCUAGUCUAUUUUUCAGCAGGUGCUCAGGGGCACAUCUAGAGGGGCUGCCUUAGCCCCCCUUGGAUAUCUCAUUGGCCACCCUGGGUGCCACUUCAAGGUUGUAAGCUGUGAUUCACUGUUUUUCCAGCUAAAGGUGGAACUUGAGUUUGAAUGCACUGUUCAUGGUGCAUUACUAAAGGUUAUUAGCUUUCUUUGCACUUAAAUGCAGAAAAUAUUCUUUUUUUUGGUAGUUAAAUUGCAGAAAAAUACCUGACAUCAAUUUCAAAAGACAGGUGCAUUUGGGAGAGAAAUAUUGGCACCAGAACAUUGUCAAGAAGUUUAUUUUCAACAGUAUGUAGGAGGUUUCUCGCAGUUAGUAGGUACUUUCAAUUUAACUUAGGAAAAACAUCUCUCUGCAUUCUUUAGGAAAUAUGCCUGUGAUUUUUUUUUCAUUUAAGUUUUUAUUGAUUAUUGCAAAAAAAAAUGCAGGUAAUAUGAACAUAUUGGAAUAUUUUACAGCAAAGACACAGUUGUGCUGAGUUUAAGGAGGAAGAACCUGAAAACAUGAACAAAAUAAAUGAAUUUAAAAAACUGAUUGGUGACCCUAACCCAAAAUAAAUAAUUAUCAGUCACUGAUAUUUCACAUAUUUAUAAUUGCAUCAUUCACAUAUAUUACUGAACAAUAAACAAAAUAAAUAAUGUCCACUCUGUCUUAGAUGUUAGUAAAAUGCCGUAAGUCAUAAAGUCUUUUCAUGUUUCACUGUUUUUGCUUUUAACACUAGUUAUUCCAGCAAUCAUGCUUUUGUUAUCAGAUGUUUCUGCUUUAAGUCUAAACAGCAAUAUAAACUCUCGUAUAUGUGAGCUCCAUCUCUUGCAAAAUUUAACCCUAGCUGCUGCAAUGCAACCUGCCAUUAUCACUGCAAAUUCUGAUUUAGUUAUGCCCUGUGGCACUAGAGAUAGGCCUAAACUAACCCCCAAAUACCACUGAGGAGUUUAUCCUGCUACAAAUAAAAAAGAAAUGGUGCAGAUAAAAAAAAAAUUUAAAAAAACACAAUGGAAGUCAAAGAAGCAAAAAAAGGUGGCAAUGCAAAAAAAAAAAAAAAAAGUUUCUUACUGCAAAAAUAAAAGGAUGCAAAAAACAAAAAACAAACAAAAAAACAAAGCCACAAUGGAAGUGAGCUGCCAGGGACCAAUAAUGAUGACGCACUUGUGUUUUACGAUCUAGGCACAGAUGAUGAUGGCCAGAAGACAAACAAAGAAGUAAGUGGAAAGGUUAUUGUUUAAUUUCAUUUUGUGUGUUUUUCAAUGUGUCAUUGGUUAGGCCAUGUUGCGCCUGAGUAGAUAUGAAGUUGGACUGUAGCUAACACUACACCGGCAUCUUUCAGUUCAACUUCAUAUCGACUCAGGCGCUACAUGGCCUGACCAAAUGACACAUUGAAAAUUUUUACUUAGCGGAAUUAAAAAAUAACCUUUCCACUUACUUCUUGGUUUUUCUUCUCCACCAUUUCUUUUUUUUUUUGCUGUGGGCUUUUUUUUUUUUUUUUUUUUUUUUUUUUUUGCAUUGGUAACUUGCGUUGUUACUUCUUUUUUUUUUUGCACUUUUUUUAUUUGCAGCAGUGGCAGUUCUCAGCCACCGUACAAAUCCAUAGAGCAUUAAGGAAUCUGCCCACCUCUUUACUGCAUUUCCAACAAUUACCAUCCUUGAUUUAGCCCAUUUUCAACGUCUUGAAAGAUGUAAAAUAAUGUUUAUGUUCAAUUUUAUGCUGUAUAAUUGUAAUCCCUGCAUCCCUUGUAGCCCUACUUUUCCUUAACUUUUUCUUGCCUUCUCACUGAUCCUAAUAUUGAGUACUCUAUAAUCGUAUAGUGAUCAGGACGUGGCCAGAACAUGGGCAGCACGUCCCCAUUACGUCGCAUGCGUCGCACAGGUAGGAGUUUCCGUGCGCUCAUGUUUGUACUUUUACUUUCGAUUUCUACUUCCUCGCUUGUGUGAGUAACAAACAAGUUUGAGUUCUGACCCGUGAGUCCCGUUUGUUAUGUCAUGUUAGGUUUUGUUGUGUCUUUUGUCUAAAGUUAUUUAUUGUAGCUCGAGUAUGCUGAAGUGGGCAUCACGAAUCCUGUUCGAUCACAGACGGUGAAAAUUGGUCUCCUCACAGGUAAAACUAAACGAUACUUAUGUUAACUAUCUCAAGUUAGCCGAUCUUCCGGUUCAAUCGAUGUUAAAAUAUUAAUUUUAAAAGGGUGUUUGGUUGUUCAGCAGUUUACAGGGAACUUUUACUUUGAGUAUGAUUUUUAUGUCGGACUUGUUCCUGCUUGGCUUCAGACUUAGGCGUCGUUAGGCGUCCCUCCUGCAUCUUGCAACAUGUCAUUUUUAAGUGCUUUAGCUCAUACUAAAUAAAAGAAUAAAUAAUUUUUUGGCAGUUUACUACACAAAGAGACAAUCAAUCAAUCAAUCAAUAAAGCUGCCCAGUGUUAAUUUAAGGUCCUCUGAUAGAUUGUCAAAGGACAGUAGAUAGGGGAGAGUGGGGUAAGUUGGGCCAAAGGGUAAGUUGAGUCACCCCCUGUUGCUUGGAAAUGGUAAAAGAAAUUGAUCAUGUGACCAAAUAUUUAGGAGAUGGACAUCAAUUCAUGGAGUCUGUGAAGGUUAGAAGCACAUGGGUGAAGGGGUUAGACAUUUAUUUCUAAAAACAAACAUUUUUCACUCUUGAAAGUGAAUUUAGUCUGUCAUAAGUUUUAUUAGAAUUGUUUUCAGACCAAAAAAGAUCAUUUUAAAUGUGUUUGAUAUAUCAAUUGUGGUAUCUAUGAGCUACAACAUGAGGUCAAAAACCUAGCAUAAAAGUCCACCAUUUUAGUUUAGAGGACUAAUAAAGUCCUCUAAACUAUACCCCGUAGUUCUGGGGUAAGUUGAGUCAGUGGCUCAACUGAGAAAGUAAAGGAGUCUGAUGAGAGGAUCAGAGUUUCAGUUCAGAUUGUUGAAAUGUGUUACAUGUUCUUUUUAAAGAUACAGCUGUGAAUGUCCUGAAUCACUUAAAAGCAUUCUCAUGUUAAAAUCUUUUUAUUUAUUUAUUCAUUUUUCAUUUACAAAACAGCUUUUUAGCAGUUAUAUGCAAUAAUGAUAAAAAGAAUUAUUGUACCAGAUGAAUAGUGUAUAAUAGAUAAAAAUACAUAUGAAUGUGAAGAAGUGACUGUUAUUUAGGGAGAGAGAAGGUGAGGGAGGGCUGGGGUGGAGAGUCAAUUUACCCCAUACACGGGGUAAGUUGACCAUAGGAGACCACUUUUUUGGCAUUAUCAAGACAGUUAUGUUCACACUCAUUCUGUUGGUUUGAAAUAUCUUGAACACAUAUUUCAACACAUCUUGAAAUAUAUGCAGAUACACUAGUUAGAGACAAAACUAUGAUCGCCUUGAUGUAGUGAUCAGAAAUAUGAAAAAUGGCUCAUCUUACUCCACUCUCCCCUACUAGUUAACAUCAGCACCUGAGUGAAUGUGUCUUGUGUGUCAUUUUUAGUCCACAUCAUGGAUUUCCAGAAGCUGCUAUUGGAUGCAGGGAAGGCCCUGAGUAUGGAUGAGGUGAGAGCUUUGGUGUUUCUCUGCACUGACCUCCUUAAACGAAACCCGACCUCUGUGAAGUCAGCCAAUGACCUCUUCUGUCGACUGGCUGAUGAAGACCUCCUCAAUGCUGAGCAACCACACCUUCUUGCUGAGCUUCUAUACACCAUCCAGCGCAAACGACUGGUCCAUGACCUCGGGCUGACUGAGGUCACAUCUUCAACCAGGACCUUCAUUUCUCCUUACAGGUGAAGUAUUUACAUGUCAUGAUUCCACAGCUUAAACUUAAAGAUUCAUGAGUAAUUUUUUACUGUAUACAAGUCUGAUCCUGUAAUAAAAAUAAGACUGUGACUUACUGUACAUUUCUUUUGAACAGCUGAUUAUAUAUUUGACAAUGCAAUUUAAGAAAAUUAAAGGAUAAUUCAGAUAAUUAUUCCUCAUUGUUCAAAGUAAAACACUCAGAUUUAGUUUUUGUUUUUUCUACCAUUGCAAAGACAUUCAAUUCACUUCUAUAAAGGACUUCAGAUUUGAAAAGUUUGAGCCACAAACUUUAAGGGUAACUUAAAACUUUAAUAAAAUAAUCAGAAUUAUACCAGAUAAUCAGCUUGUGAAUUGAUUAAAGUAUCAUUUUAGCUCUAAACGCAGAUAUAGGGAUCACUAUCAGAGGUGCACAAUGAGGUAUGCAAAUUUUAAAAAGGAUAGUCAAUAAGAUCAUAACCAUGUUGCUUUUUUACUAUGCUACCACUGUUGUAAAAUAUCCAAUGAUCGAUCCAUCAAUAGUUUUGAUUUACUUACUUCAGGAUGUUUCACAAAUGAGAAAGAAGGCAAGAAAGACAAAAACAAACAGAAUUUUUAGAGUCCUCUUCACCCUGUUAAGGUUUACCUUCUACAGUCAAAGUCAAGGUCUGAUAUGAGCAUCAAUCACUGUAAUAAUUAUCAUAAUAUAGGAAAGACUUAAAGUAGGUGCAGCAGUCAGAGUCAGGUGAUACAACUUGACUUAAAGCUUAAUACAAGGCAGAAGUCGGGCUUAACACUUGUUUGAUGAGCUGAACAUUUCAGCAAAAUAAAACCACUGACAUAAAAAAAGAAACCAUUUGAUCGUGUUUUUAUCUUAUAAAAUACAUGAACUUAUAGAUGAAGUAGCAAUAGAAAGUAGCAAUAGUGGUAAAAAUCAAUAAAUAAAUAAAUAAAUAAAAUUACAGCAGUCAGACCCUCCCUCUGUUUCUCCACUGGUCCCAAAAGUCAACAGGUGGCUUCAUCAAAACAACACCCUGCCCCUGUUAAUGUUACCUGCUUUAUACCUGCUCAAGAUGACCGCACAAUGAAUGAUAAGAAUGAUAUCAAAAAUAGCACCAAAAAAUGUAAACAAUUGUAUAUCAAACUGUAUAGCUACUUAAAAAUAUGCUUAUGGUAAUUAUUCAUUCAUAACUCCUACAAUAAGCUUUGUCCCAAAGGAAAGUUUUCAAUCUAAUCUUGCCCAGGCCAGGACAGGCUUUGUCUAUGAGAAAGAGGAUUUUGCGUUACUUUUUAUGCUUUCUUUGGAGCAAACUUCUGUCAAUCCAACCCUUGUGUAAUGUGUAAGUGACCUAGUUAACAAUCAUUUUUUUGAGACAGAAUGUGCCGACUUUGCAUCAUGUGAUGUAAGUUAGUCAAAGUGUUUCGAAACUGAAUCUAUGGCUGUAUUUUCCAGGAAGCUGCUCUAUGAUCUCUCUGAAGAUCUGACUGAAGAAAACUUGAAAGACAUAAAGUUCUUGCUGGCAGGAAAGCUCUCCCGAAAAAAAACGGAUGAAGAUGUUGUGAGUGCAUCUUCCCAGAGUCAGUGUUUGGUACAUGAAUUAAUCGGUCAGUGUUAGCUUGAGACGCAGGAUGUUUUUUCCCAUCUUUUGGAAUUUUCCCUUGUGGGAGUAAUUAAGGAGUGUCUUAUCUUUAUAGAGAGUGCAGUGUCAGAUUCACGAGGUCAAUUCUGCACCUACAUUUGAAAUCUGCUGCAUCAUGUGACCAAAUGCUGACUUCAAAUUUGCUGACCUCCUCAGACUACUCUUGAAGUCUUCCUGGAGAUGGAGCACAUGGACCUCAUAAAUGACACAAAACUAGACUUACUGAAGACGUUACUUCACUCGUGCUGCCCCGUCCUGAUAGAGAAGAUCAACAAGUUUCAAGCACACCAGGGUAAACUAAAUAUAACACAUGACUAUGACAACAAACUUUCACUCAUAUCUCAUUUUAAACAUAAAUAUGUCAGCAUAUAUUUAAUCAGUAUAAAUAACUGUGAUCAUGGUUAUACCUGUGUGUGUUUGUCCUUUAGCAGCCGUAGCUCACAGAGGACCUAUAGUUCAAGAAACAGCUCGGCCCAGAUCGGUGUCUCAGCCUCUCGAGCCAAACCAUGUAAGUCCUUUAUUUUCCUUUUAAUUCCUCUCAGCUGUAAUGACAGAUUUCAACCACUUUUACCAACAAUUUAUUCUUCCUUUAUUACGAUAUAACUGUGAUGUCUUAUUUCUGAGUUUCUUUUUCAGCAGGUUUCCCAGUUUCUCCAUCCUGUUCAGGUUUCCAUGAAUGAAAUAGCUGGUAAGUAGUUGACUCAAGCAACUGAUUGUGCAUUUUUUUAGAAGAAGAAUAUUUGAGAAGAAGGAUAUUUUACUCACAUACUCUUUCUCAUAAUUUUUUCUUUCUUUUAGUGAAACUCAAACUUAAAAAGGGGUGUGUUAUUUUUGGUAUCAAUUAGCUAAUGAGUUUGUUACUUAUAACUGUUUUGUUCACAGUCAGGUCUGUUUUCCCCUCAUAGUUUGGGGCAUAUGUACUCACAAUUAUGUACCUACUUGUAAAACUUCAUUGAUAGAUAUUUUCUUUGAAUAUUUACUUCCUAUAAAUACCAAACAGGUAUUUGCAGACCUCUUGUAAUACAACAUUUAUUCUUUCCCCUAUGCGUUGAUGCUAAAUGUGUGCUGUUUUAAAUGUUUGGCUAAACAUUUGAAUCAUUUUUCUCCUCUCAAGAAUCACCACCUCUUUCACUGGUGAGUUCUCAGAAACAAAAGAAAAACAUAAUUAUGACGAAAAUCAUUGGAAAAAAAACUUGUCAUUAAGUGUCAGCUCUGUUUUUUUCUCACAGUCCAGUAUGAACUCUUCUAACACUUCGCUGGGUGAGUCAAAAUGAGUUGAUUUCCCCGGAUGCAAACAUUCUUACCUCUGAAAGUGCAGUGGAUUAAACCCUUAUUUUUCAUGUCACUAUUUCUAGAUGUCUCAAAUGGGUCUGAGCCUUUGUCUCUUGCACUGAGUGGUUUAAGCACUAACUCUAACAGCUGCUCCUCCUCCCUGAAAGGUCAUUUUUCAACAUACUUUCCGUAUCUUUUAUUUUCUCCUAAACAUGUAAAUCAUUUGGCAGAAUUUACCUGAAAUGAUUGUGCUCCACUUUCUCAUUGAUUUCUCAGCUGAUGCCAUGGUGGUACAGCAACCUCAGUUGAACACGAACUUCUCUGACAAUCCGAGGACUCCGACUACAAACACUGAGGUGUGUGGCUUAUUAUUAUAUGGUUAUUUAAUCUGAUUUGAGUCAAACCUUAGUUACUGGAGGACUGUAACAUCUAAAUUUUGACUAAACACACAUUUUCUUUUUACAAAUCCAAAUGCCAAACUGAGUUGACUUUUUACUGAUGAAACUGGUUUCUGUAGGUUUUGGGAUCUUAUCCCAUGACUGCAGCAAAGAGAGGUUUCUGUUUGAUAAUAAACAACUGUGACUUCAAGAAAUCCAAACACAAUCUGCAGGAACGAUUGGGGACCGAUGUGGAUGAAAGUGAGCUCAUGCUUGAUUCAUUUUUAAAACAGGUGUACUGUUUACUAUCACUUUUGCAUCAUUUCACAUGUAUCUGUGUGCCUCCCAGGGUCUCUCAUCCAAGUGUUCAAGUGGCUUGGCUUUGAGGUUGAGAUUAAGAGGGACUGUAAGAAAGAGGAGAUUCUGUCUGUGGUUCAGGAGCUCGCCAGCAGAGACCAUCGCGACAUGGACUGUCUGGUGUGCUGCAUCCUCAGCCACGGCGAGAAGGACAGCGUGUACGGCGUGGAUGGACUCACUGUUGACCUGACGGAGCUGAAGGAACCUUUCAGCGGGUCGAGGUGUGGGUCCUUGGUGGAUAAACCAAAGCUGUUUUUCAUUCAGGCCUGCCAGGGCAAGAGGCAGCAGACACCUGUGUACGUGGAGACUGACGGUCCUGGAAACUCACAGUUUGCUACUGAUGCUCGGAGAGACUCCAUCCCAUCUGAUGCUGAUUUUCUGCUGGCAAUGUCAACCGUUCCUUAUCACGUGUCCUUCAGAGAGAGGAAUAAUGGCACGUGGUUUAUUCAGUCUUUGUGCCAAAACCUUGUCCAGAUGGUGCCCAGGUUAGUGAAACAAAAUAUCCAGUAUCUCUGGGUGAUGUUCAUUUUCAGGUGUGUAAAUCUACUCUUGUGUGUUAACACACAGUUUUGAGGUCCUUGAUACAAAGUUCAAAUUAAAGUAAGUGAUUUAAUAACCCCAUAACCAAAUGAUUUACACUGACAGAGGACAUUCAGAUGGGUUUCUUCACCUUUACAUUCUUUCAUACUGUGCUUUAGUGUAAUUUUGAAUGCUGGACUUAACAUGUAACAGAUUUAUAUUGUGUGUUUUUGCUACUUUCCCUCAACUCCCUUCAAUACUUCUUCUGACUCCUAGUUUUGAAGGAACAGCUGUAAAGGUUUUAUAUUCAUGAAGAACAAUGAAAAAUAUUUCACUAUAUCUUCUUUUAUUACAGCGGUCAUGACCUUGUGUCCAUCCUAACAAAAGUGAAUGCAGAUGUUAGCCAGAGGACCGACUUCACAGGCCUGAAAAAGCAGAUGCCUCAACCCGCCUUCACACUCAGGUGGAAAGUGGUCUUUCCGAGCCCCCAAGCCCCUCCUCCUCUGAGCCUCUGCCGCUGA